AUGAAUAGCACAUUUAAUGAUAAAAAUAGUUCCCAAGUUAAUGUUUUAAAUACUUCAGAAACACCAGCAUGGUCUACUGAUCGAAUAUCACUCUCAUCGGAGGAGUACAUGUACUAUGUCAACCUGUUUAACUUGAACGAUAAAUAUGAAAAUAAUUAUAUUGAUAAUAAAACAGCAUCGUCAUUUUUACAAAACUCUGGUUUAUCCAUUGCAGUUUUACAUUCAAUAUGGGAAUAUAGUGAUAUUCAAAACAAGGGAUAUUUAACUCUCGAAGACUUUUUCAUUUGUUGUAGACUCGUUGCGCAUGCACAAAAUGGAAAUCCUUUGAGCUCCGACUUGAUCAAUACUCAACCGCCUUGCCUGCCGAGCUUUGACAUAAUACGGCAUAAGUCCUUUUCAAACAUUUCAAAUAUGGAAGGAACAAUUGAAUGGAAAAUUGGGAUAGCAGAAAAAGAGGAUUACAAAAGAAUUUUCAAAACAUUAGAUAUAAAUAAUGAGGAAAAAAUAGAAGGAAAUAUUAUUAGAGAAUAUUAUUUAAAUACUUCAAACAUAUCAAUAUGUGAACUUAUGCAGAUAUGGAAUAUAUCUGAUUAUGACAAUGAUGGAUAUUUAGAUUUUAAUCAAUUUUGUAUCAUGAAUAAAAUUGUUGAUGUAAGAAAAGGAAAGGAAAUAAACAUUCCUUUAUCUAUCCCAAAGCAGUUACUUAACUCGAUAAACCCAGACCACAAGCUCUCCAUGAAUGAUGACACUACAUUCAAGCGUACUGACAAAGGAAUGAAGACCCAUGAGUCUGAUAAGUUGUCUUACGUGAAUUUAUUAAAGACAGAGAAUGAUGAUAAAGAAGAGAAUAAAUAUGAACAUCUUGAGGAUAUAGAAAAUGAGGAAAAUAGUGAUAAUGAAAAUAAUUCAGAACAAGGAGAAAAUUACGGAAAUACAGAUAAUGAAAAAUUAAAUAUGGAAUUUGAUUUCUUUGAAUUUAAAAAUGAAGAAUCAGAUAAUAGCCAUUAUGAAAAGAAAAAAAAAAAAAAAAAAAAAAAUAUAACCAAAUCAAGUAUAUUUAAGGAUAAAAGUGAAGAGUUUUCAGAUUUUCAAAAAGAAGAGGAGGAAGAAGAGGAAGAGGAAGAAGAAGAAGAAGAAGAUGAAGAAGUAGAUGAAGGAGAGAUCAUUCAAGAAGUGUCAAACGAUGAAGAGCAUGAUGAAGAACAUGAUGGAGAACAUAAUAAUGAACUUUUAAUAGUAAAUAAAAAGAAAAAAAAAACAAAAGAUAAAAAAAAACAUAAUACAAGUGUACCAAAUAAAGAAAAAGAAAAAAAAAAAAAAAAAAAAAAAUUUGAAGAAAAAACAAUGACAUAUAAUGAUGAGGAAUGUGGAAUUGAAGAAAUGGAUGUCGAUCAAAAUCCAAAACAUGUAAAAAAUGAAAAAAAAGAUGAAAAAAUGAAAAAAAAAAUAAAACAAAAAGAUCAAGGAGAUGAAAAUUGGAAAGAAAAAUGGAAAGAAAAAAUGGAAGCAAAAAUAAAAGCAAAAUUAAAAGAAAAAAUGAAAGCAGUAAUGGCUGACCAAAUAAUGACUGGAAGAAUAAGUGAAAAAUUAAGUGACAUAGCAUUAGAAAAUAUUCCUGAUAAUGAAAUGGUUUUAAAAAAUAAAGAUAGUGAAAGUAAUGAAUCUCGAAGUAAGUUAUGGAGAGAAUUAAUGAAUCAAUCUAAACUAGUUAAAUUUAAUUAUGGUAGUUUAAAAAAUGUAAAUAUUGAAAGUAAAGAUAUAUAUAAGAUUGAAGAAUUAAAUAAAAAACUUGAAGCAGAAAAUACGGAAAGAAAAAUAAAUAUAGAAAAACAAAAAGAUCAAGUUAACCGACUUUCUUAUAUAUAUGAGCAUGAAUUAAAAAGACAUCAAUGCCUUAAAGAAGAACGAAGAAAUUUAGAAUUUUUAAAUAUAUGUUUAUAUAAAGAUAUAAAAUAUAAAAAAGAAAAUAUAAAAAAUAUUAAAAAGGAAAUUAAAGAACUUAUAAGUGAUAUAAAUAAAAUAAAUAUUGAAAAUUUAAAUAUUAAUAAAAGUUAUAUUCAAAAAGAAAAAGAAGUUAAAGCAGCAGAUCAAAAAAGAAAAGAGUUAGCAGAAAUUAUAAAUAAAGAAAAAAAAGAUUUAAAAAAAGAUGAAAAAAAUUUAAUUAUGUUAAAAAAUAUGAUAUUAUAUUUAAGAAAACAAAAAUCAAAAGCUCUAAAGUUACAAGAUGAUUUAAAAAGUAGAUAUGAUGUUACAAAUACGGACUACCAAAUGUUGAUUAAAAAUGUUUUCCAUCAACAAAAUAAUUUAAAUACUAUUGUUAAUAAACGGUUAGAUUUAGAAAAGGUAAAAAACCAACAGAUUGUUUUGUUUAAUUCUUUAUCUAAUCAAUCUAUAUUACUUGAUUUAAAAAAUAAAUAUCCUCAACUAAAAAAAACUCUUGAAAGUCAACCCAAUCCCACCUUCCCAAUUCAAGACACUCUUCUCCAUGACCCCUCCCAAAACUUACAGCGAAAAUAUUUUGUCGACAAAAAGGGUAUCCCCAACGAGCCGAGCCGUGAAAUUAAGUCCACAAAAAAAAACGUUAAAAACUUUGAAAGCAUGAAGAAUGGGGACAGUGUCGAUAUUUUUUCCAGCCUCGAUGAAAUGGACUCGAUUGAGGACGCCCUGGAAGACGAGAAUGGUAGCUCGAAUGAAAUGUCACUGAAGGACGGUAGCCUCAAGAGCGACGACAACAGCCCAUAG